GCCGACUCCGCCGCCGUGUGCGCCAAGUUCCUUCUCCCGUCGCAUAACCAGUGCGUCCGCAAGCGGCAGCCCUUCUCCUCCAAAAUUCCCCACCCGACCGCCGCCGCGACUCGAUCUCCGCCUCCGGCGCGCACCAGAACUUCGGGACGAGCCCGCAUCGCCGCUCUCGUUCCCGGCCCGCACCUCCCCUACGCCGCCCUCGACCUCGAUCUCCCUCCCGGAGCUCCUCCCCGACCACCUCCCCGGAGCUCGUUCUCUGCCCUCCCAAGAGAAAAAUCACGCUUGUAGCCAUGACGGUGGAUAAGGAGGUCGCCGGGGGUGGCAAGGUGCAGCAGGCGGAGCCGGAGCCGGAGCCAGAACCGGCUGCCGAGGCGUUGACGUUUGCGGAGCUGGGCAUCUGCCCCGAGCUGGUGGAGGCGUGUGACGCCAUGGGGUGGAAGCAGCCCACGAAGAUCCAGGCGGGGGCCAUCCCCUACGCUCUCAAAGGCAGGGACCUGAUUGGUCUGGGACAGACGGGGUCGGGGAAGACAGGUGCCUUUGCGCUGCCGAUUAUCCAGGCGCUGAUCGAGCACCCCCAGCCCUUCUUCGCCUGCGUCAUGUUGCCCACGAGGGAGCUAGCGAUUCAGAUUGCGGAGCAGUUCGAGGCGUUGGGGUCAGCGAUUGGCUUGGUUUGCUCAGUGCUUGUUGGAGGAGUUGACCGGAUGCAGCAAGUGUUAUCCAUUGCAAAACGUCCACAUAUUGUGGUUGGAACUCCUGGCCGUCUUUUGGACCAUUUGAAAGAUACAAAAGGUUUUAGCCUAACUAAACUGAAAUACUUGGUACUUGAUGAAGCUGAUAAAUUACUUAAUUUGGAGUUCAAGGAAUCACUUGAUGAGAUUCUGAAUGUCAUUCCUAAAGAAAGGAUAACUUACCUUUUUUCAGCCACAAUGACCAAAAAGGUAAGCAAACUGCAACGUGCUUGUCUCAGAAACCCUGUCAAGGUGGAAGUAUCCUCCAAAUAUUCUACAGUGGACACACUUAAAGAAGAGUGGUAUUUCGUUCCUGCAGAUUACAAGGAUUGUUAUCUUGUUCAUGUUCUGAAUAAGUUGCCAGGGAGCAUGACCAUGAUCUUCGUGCGGACCUGUGAGACAACAAGACUCCUUGCUCUCACUUUAAGGAAUCUUGGUUUUAAAGCUCUCUCUAUCAGUGGCCAGAUGAGUCAGGACAAAAGACUAGGCGCUUUAAACAAGUUCAAAGCAAAGGAAUUCAACAUCCUUAUCUGCACCGACGUGGCGAGCCGCGGUCUUGACAUUCAAGGAGUUGAUGUGGUUAUGAAUUAUGAUAUUCCAAUGAAUUCUAAGGAUUAUGUACAUCGGGUCGGUAGGACUGCGCGUGCAGGGCAAUCGGGUUAUGCUGUAUCUUUUGUGAAUCAGUACGAGAGUCUGUGGUUUAAGAUGAUCGAGGCGCUCCUCGGAAAGGAAAUUCUUGUACGGACGGCAGACGCCGAUGAGAUCCUGAUACUUCGUGAGCAUAUAUCCGAUUCAAAGAGGAUUGCACUGACGAAACUGAAGGAGGACGGUGGUCACAAGAGGAGGAGGAAAGCGGAGGACGAGGAUGAAGAAGAGGAGGAAGCUCCAAGAGGUCGCCGAAAACCGAGGUCUUUCAAGAAAUCAAAAGGGCGGCGAUAGCAUCUUGCCUCGAACAGUGUUACAAUCCGUAUAUAUAUGAGAUACCACUCCACCUUGCAAAGGCUAGUUAUCAAAGUUUUCUCCGUAGUUCGUCAGAUGCAGCAGCCAUAUUAGUCCCUUCAGUGCUAUCUGUGUUAGAAAGUCAGGACACUCUGAG